GUUGACGUCAGGGAAAAGCCGCGGUUCGAUGGCAGGCCGCUCUGGAUUUCUAAUACCCAGUGCCGAAUGCCUCCCCCGUUAGCGCACCGCACCUCAGCAUCACAUACCUCGAAUUGCGAGUCGCCGUCGCCGAGCCUCUGUGUCCCAUGAAUUGCCUCGCUAGAGUCCGGCCACUCUUGACUGCGGCUACGACGACGACGAAGACGACGACGACAGCUACGGCAACCCUGAGAAACACCGUUCGGAAAGCUGCCCCGUUGUCCCCGGCUCUCGCCUUCGCCCGCGCGAUGCAUAUCCAAGCAAUCCCCAUGUGGACUGGCAGCCACGACAACUACGCCUAUCUCCUCGUCGACGAAAAGACCCGAGAAGCCGCCAUCAUCGAUCCCGCGAAUCCUGACGAGGUGGUGCCUGUCCUCAAGGAGGCCAUCGAAUCCAAGAGUAUCAAGCUCACAACCAUCGUAAACACGCAUCAUCACUGGGACCAUGCCGGUGGCAACGAUCAAAUAAAGACUGAACUGGGCAACCCAGGACUGCUCAUCAUUGGAGGCAACAAAUGCCAGAGCGUUGAUCUUACCCCGCCCCACGGCAAGGGGUUCAAGCUUGGGGAUAACCUUGAGGUGAAAGCUCUUCAUACGCCGUGUCACACACAGGACAGCAUCUGCUGGUACGUGGACGACGGCGUGAAAAAGGCUGUCUUCACGGGCGAUACCCUGUUCAACGCUGGCUGCGGUAGAUUUUUCGAAGGAAAUGCCCAGGAGAUGUGCAGGGCUUUUGAGACGCUCGCCGCGUUGCCCGACGAUACCAAGGUCUACCCCGGCCACGAGUACACCAAGUCCAACGUCAAGUUCGGCGCUACGAUCCUGCUAAAUGCGGCCACGAAGAGACUACAAGCCGACGUGGAGAAAUACCAGCAGACCCAAGGCAAAUACACGAUCGCCGACGAGAAGGAACAUAACGUCUUCAUGCGAGUACAUGACCCCGAGGUGCAGAAGGCCACCGGCAAGACGGACCCUGUGGACGUGAUGGACGAACUUCGGACCAGGAAGAACAACUUCAAGUGAGUAAACCGCCGGUCGAAAGUAGGAUGUGACCGAGCAGGGGGAUAUAUAGCCUAGCUAAGAGACCGAGCUUGCCAUCGCGUUCGGACAGCAUCGGCAGGCGGGGGCCAGCGUUAGUAUGGACUACCCGCAACAAUUAGGCCUAGCAAUACCAUCACAUCUUCUGCGA